CCUUUCUUUUUACCCAUCGACACACCGAAGAAGACGAAGAAGAAGAGUGGAAAUGGCGACGAGGGGGAAGGCGAAGCGGACGUCGUACAUCGCCGUGCCGUCGGCGAUCAUCCGAUCUCUCUCCUCCACUUCGAUUCCAGGCGGAUUCCACCUAUCUACCCCUCCGAAGAAGCCCUCCCGCCGGUUUGUCCACUGUCGGUCGCUCCUCCUCCUGCUGCUCUUCCUCGCCGCCGCCGUCGGAUUGGGCGUCGGCCUCCUUCUCGACCCCAUCCUACACUGCCCCCAACUCCGCCUCCCCAGCAGCCUCCCAUUCUCCUUCUCCCCCGCCUCCCCGGGAGUUGAGUUCUGGCGGCAGCCUGACGGGAUGGGCUUCGUCCCCUGCCUCGACUUCAGCGACGAGUACCGUGCCGAAGGUGCUGCGGUGGCACGCUCGGGACGCCGGAAUAAGUACCUACUCGUCGUCGUCUCCGGCGGGCUCAACCAGCAGCGCAACCAGAUCGUCGACGCAGUGGUGAUCGCUCGCAUCCUCGGAGCCGCGCUCGUCGUGCCGGUGCUCCAGGUCAACGUCAUCUGGGGAGACGAAAGUGAGUUCGGUGACGUCUUCGAUCUGGAGCAUUUCAAGCGAGUUCUCGCCGACGACGUCAAGGUUGUCUCCUCCCUGCCGUCGACUCACAUCAUGACUCGGCCGGUGCAGGAGAAGCAAACGCCUCUUCACGUUUCCCCUGAUUGGAUUCGAUCGCGAUACAUGAAAAGACUGAACAGAGAAGGUGUUCUGCUUCUGCGAAGCUUGGAUUCCAGGCUCUCCAAGGACCUUCCUUCUGAUCUCCAAAAACUUCGUUGCAAAGUAAGCUUCAUCGAUGGUGGAUCGAUCGGUUUCAGAGAUUUAAACUUUGAUGUUUCUCAAAUUGAGCAGGUCGCAUUCCAUGCUCUGAGAUUUGCAGCUCCGAUCCAAGAGCUGGGGAACAAGCUCGCAUCGAGGAUGAGAGGCCAUGGCCCGUACCUUGCUCUGCACCUGCGCUUGGAGAAGGACGUGUGGGUGCGCACAGGGUGCCUCCCCGGCCUCGGCCCCGAGUUCGACGCCGCCGUCGAAGAGGAGCGGAAGCUGAAGCCGAAGCUCCUCACUGGGCGGUCCAACAUCACCUUCCACGACCGCAAGCUCGCCGGGCUCUGCCCCUUGAACGCCGGCGAAGUCACCAGGUUGCUGAAAGCUCUGGGAGCUCCGGAAGACGCGAGGAUCUACUGGGCCGGCGGCGAGCCGUUCGGCGGCCGGGAAGCCCUGCUCCCGCUGACCAGACACUUCCCCAACUUGUUCAACAAGGACGACCUGGCGCUGCCCGGCGAGCUCGCGCCGUUCGCCAACAGGUCCUCCUUCCUCGCCGCCGUCGAUUACGUGGUGUGCGAGCAGAGCGACGUCUUCCUGCCGUCGCACGGCGGCAACAUGGGCCACCUCAUGCGUGGCCACCGCGCGUUCUCGGGCCACCGGAAGUACAUCACGCCCAACAAGCGGCAAAUGCUCCCCUACUUGAUCCAUCACGGCGCACUUCCAGAGGUGGAGCUCGACCGGAUUCUGAAGGAGCUGCACCGCGGAUCGCUGGGCCAGCCGGAGCCGAGGACGGAGAAGUCCGACAAGGAUGUCACGGCGUACCCGGUGCCGGAGUGCAUGUGCAAUUCCACGAGCUCGAGCUCGAAAGCUUGAACAACUUUUGGCAGAGAGAUCACCAAAUUUCACAAUUUUGAGCGACGAUUCAUAACACUUCUUCCUUCUCUGUUCAGAUUCUUUCUUUUCUUCAUGAAUUUGAGAAGAACAAAGCAACUCUGUUCAUCUCUCUUGUAGCAACAACAGAAUUAAUCACUGCAGCUGUUCAUAAAUUUCUUUCUUUGUUCGACAACUUGACAAAAUGUUGAAGAGAAGAACAAUGUAACUCGAUUCAUCUGCCACUUGAUUUCAGAUCUUCUGAAGAAUCUCAUUUGAGCUGCAUUUGGAUUCACCUAGUUUCAAUCCAACAAGUUUGUGUAUGUGCUUUCUUAUCAGGUUAAACAAGUGCAACUUGCGAUCUUUCAAA